CUUGUUCAAAUUCUUUCAUUUUAUCCACAAACUUUAAACUCACAAAUUUCUUAUUAUAAUCAUCCUAAAUUAGAUGAUUGGGUAAGAAAUAUAUUAUUUAAUUAUGAUAAAGUUAGAUUUAGAAGAACUUUAAGAAUAAGCAAAUCUACUUUUUUUACAUUAGUAAACCAAAUUCAAAAUCAUUCUGUUUUCCAUUCUAAUGCAAAUAAUAUGCAAACAGAUAUUCAAAUUCAACUUGCAGCUACAUUAUUUCAUUUAGGAUCUUUAUCAACUAUUUGGGCUAUUUCUGCUCAGUUUGGUAUUGCUGAGAGUACAUUUCAUUUAUUUAUAGAUAGAGUAAUUACUGCUAUAAGAUCAUUAAGAUCCGAGUAUAUUAAAUGGCCACAAGGAGAUUUUAAAAAAGAAGUUUCUGAAGAAUUUCAAAAAAUGCAAGGAUUUCCUUUAAUUAUUGGAGCAAUUGAUAGUUCACAUAUACCUUUUUUUGAAGCAUCUAGCAGAAUUAAUAAAGAUGUAUACUUUUCUAGAAAAUACCAAUAUGGAAUUCAUCUUCAAAGAAUAGUAAAUCAUAAAGGCCUUUUUAUUAAUUAUGAUAUUGGAUGGCCUGCUUCUGUACAUGAUGCAAAAGUAUUUCAAAAUUCAAAUAUUUAUAAACAAUCAACUAAUUUUUUUGAAAGAGAAGAAUAUCUUUUAGGAGAUUCAGCAUAUCCAUUGCAUUCUUUUAUUAUGAUACCAAUUAAAGAAGAAACAGAAUAUAAUGAUGAUGCAAUUGAAAUUCAACCUGAAGAAGAUUCUGAAUUAGUUAAUCAAAUUUUAGAUGAACCAAAUUUAGUUCAAAAAGAAUACACAAAAGUAAAACAUCAAAAUUUAUUAGAAAUAGUUUUAUAA